AGGUAUUAUUGUGAUUACUGCGACACCUACCUCACACACGACUCGGUAAGUACAUGUGUAAAAUCUUUUAUAUCAAAGUUUCUAGUUUCCUGUUCCUUUAAUUAAUGUUCAAAGUCACUGGUGCAGGUGCAAAUUUAUUUUUUCAAUAUUCUCUAAUCGGUUCAACGCUCUAAUUCAUGUGAAAUCUUGUCUAAAAGGCACGUUCUUGACGACCAUAACCUGCAAACCAUAUUUAUAUCCAUGCAGUCGUGGUCUGAUCAUGAAUAAAAUAAGCUUAAGCUUACAUUUUAAUUUAAAAUCAUUACUAGUUCAAGGCACGUUACAAACAACGUGCCAUUCAUGUAACGAAUUUGAUAUAGUUUCACUUUUAUGGAGCAAUUUCAAACAGUGUACUUGUAUAUAUAAGGACACUGCUCCAGAGUCAGAUAAUGUGAAAGCCAGUGGCGAACUAGAUUUUCUGUGUCAUACCAAACAAGAAUGUCAAAUUCUAAUAAAAUUAAACUGAAUUUUUCUGCUAUACCUGUGGUAAUUUAUCACUAAUGUGUGGCAUAUGAGUGGCACAGCUUUUGAACAGGGCAUUACCUUACCUAAUUCCAUUGAUCUUCUCCAGUCACCUUUUGUCAUACUUGAGCUAUAAAAGAAAGAUAUCAAGUAAUUGUAUCAAAGGAGUAACAUAGCAUGAUGGUUGUAGGGCAUUUUUGACAACUUAAGAGUUAAAAUUUUCAAACUCAUUAAUAAUUAUUCAUAAAGAAAAUACAAGGGAAAUUAAAGGUUAAUGAGUGUUUGGAAAUCAGAUGAAAAACUGUUCAUUUUGUGUCCUUAAUUUCUCCUUCUAAAAUCAUAUUGUUUGAGAAGUAAAAUCAAACAUUCAACACAGUGUUUCAUCACCAGAUGAAACACCUCGAAGUUCGUCAAAAAUACUCCACUGCACAUCAUUUUUGCAACUCUCUUCUCAGUGUUUCAUCUGGUGAUGGAAACAUUCACCCAAUUUUUUCAAUUUGCAGUCUGUUUCCAUCUUGGCUAUGGAAAGCCAAACACACUUAUAGUUGAGUUAUUGUAGUAGAGUAAUUUUAAAUAAAAGUCGGCCAUUGUUUCAGGGUUUCCUUUGAUUCCAGUAUGUUCUCAGUGUUUUACAGUAUGUCAAAAAAUCAUGACAAAGCUCCUAUUAAAACCCUAACUGGCAGAAGGCAAACUAGUAAGCUAUUUACAAUCAAUGUCGAGCAUUUGAACUUUUGACUCCAGCAAGUGGUUGGAGCAGAACUCAAACAUGGGACCUUUAGAUAUAUUUGAGAUUCCAAUGAACUGAUCACACACAGAAUUGAAUUACUGUGUUAUUAACAUUCAAGUUUCUCUACGGACUUAUACCGCAAUAUCUGGUUGAUCUGAUUGCUGUCGCUGCCCAGUCCAGAUAUAAUCUUAGGUCAAGGAAUUAUGCAACUUUGUUGGUACCAGCCAACACACGGUGCCUACCUACACUUGGUGACCGAGCCUUUCACAACAGUCUUCCGGCGGGUUCAGAAACAUUCAGAGCCUCACAUCUUUUAAGCGAGCUCUCAAAAUGUACUUUUUUAAAACAGCUUUUUAAUUGACUUAUUCAUUUGUUUUUCAGUUUUUAGUUUUUAUCUGUUUUUAUUUUAUUUUAUUAUUUUAUUAUUAUUAUAUUUUAACAUAGAAUUUAAUCGACUUACAUUAUUUUUUAUGAUAGCUUUUAAUUCAACUUAUUUUUAUCUUAUCGUCUGCUAUGUGGAUAUGGAAAUAUUUCUAUAAUUGUAUAUGCGCAAUAUAAGUUUUAUAUUUAUUAUUAUUAUUAUUACAGCUCAGUCUAGAAUAUAGUUUGACUGUUUUGUAUCUCUUAGGGCAAAAAUGGAUGGAAACUUUGUGGGUCAUGUCUGAAAUAUGUCAAGACAUUUAGUUAAGAAAUGAAAAGCUACAAUCUUGAACAAAAUAAAUGGAAAACCUAGACCCCCCAUGCUGUUCCAUUUUAUUUUGUCCAAGAUUGUCUGAAAGCCUUGACUGGCGUUACUCACAGCGUCAUGAUAGCAAUCAUAACAAGAAAUCUGCGUUCAAACGCUUUAAAGCUAAAUGCUUUCAAAGCAAACCUGGUCAUUUGUCAGUGAACUCAUACAAAACAGAAGAAUUGCGCUUAUUUCAUUUUACAUAAAAUAAAUAAAUAAUCCACUUAUCAUAAGUCUGUAUGAAGUGCGGGAUGCAUUACUCACUAGGAGAGAGUUCUGCUGCGUGGAAGACGAAAAAAAGACAUACUUAUGCCUGAUUCAUUGCAAUAAUUUUAAUAAGCUUGAAGGCAGACAAAACCUAUAUAGAAAUUGCAUCGGCUGGUAAUUGCAGGAAUAAUUAUAGUAAGAAAAAAAUUUAAUUUGGCUACAAACGAGACUCGAACCUGCCCAAAAAACCUCAGGUACGCUACUCCUACUCGCCGAUGUUGCACGCUAGACCUCUAGGCAAUCCAUGGAGAGGCUGUUGCCUUGGCUCUAUAUUUAAGAACUGUAUCGGUGCGUUUAUAGAUCAUUGUUAGCGAUAUUUUACCUAUAUAGAUUGGUUUUUUUCAUUCUAGGAAAUCGAACACGAUUAAUGUUGACAAACAUAAGGAUUAGCACGAUUUACAACAGAGUGCCGACGGUUUUUAUCGGUUUUUCACGAUUUUGUCUUAGUACAGUAAAGUAAGAGACAGUGAGUCACUUUCAUUUCAAUUGGCUGUAAAUCGUGAUUAACCGUUGAAAACCGCUGAAAACCAUCUUAUAUCACACAAAAACCUUUUGUAAACCGUCAGUGAAACGUCGACCGUGUCAUUUUAACAAAGUUCGAGUGCGCUACACACAGUUUAAAAGUUUUAAUUAGUAAAGUUUUAGCCUUUCAUCGUUGUUGGUAUUUCAGCGAGGUAUAAAAAGUCCACAGUCUAGUGACUCCUGAGAAAUAACAUUAAUGGUCCUUUUUACCCUGUUACAGUGAGAACUCUUUAUAUGAUUUGUGAUUAAUGCCAUGUUCAAGAGCGCCUUUUUCUAACGUCCCAGACACGAUGUGCAAAAAUGUUCUCUUAGGGUAUAGUAAGUAUGGACGUCCUCGAUGACACUUGUGACUGCGGGUCACAGACCAAUGUUUUCAACCGAUAAAUGUGUUGAAAGAUGACUCUCUAAUUAACAGUGACCACUAUUUCGUGACUUAGACACCUUCGAGACAAUCUUGGACAAAAUAAAUGGAAAACCUAGACCCCCCCUCCCCCCCAAAUCAAGGAUGGGAAAAUGGCACGUUUUUGCCCUUCGCGCGCCUUCAUCCUUGAUUUGGGGGGAUGGGGGUUUGCUGUUCCAUUUUAUUUUGUCCAAGAUUGUAGCAAAAAAUUCGGUCAUUACAGUAAUGAGCAAAGUUGUAAGUUGUUUAAAUCUGGAACCUGGAUGUCUUAUAUUUCAAUUUGCUUUCAGCCAUCAGUCCGAAAGACUCAUAAUGGUGGUCGAAAACACAAAGACAAUGUGCGUUUUUACUACACCAAGUGGAUGGAAGAACAGGCACAAAGUUUGAUCGAUCAGACAAGUAUGUAACAUGAGUUAAGCAUUAGGUAACUGGUCAGUUGGAGCCUUGUCACCUGGCCUACUUAAAAAUUGCCUGCUUCUUGUAAGGUUACUUACCUAUUUCUGUAGCUAUCUUGACUUAGUGCUAUCACUUACUAACUAUAAAAUAAUAUGUUCUCAUUCAUAAUUGUGUGAUAUUAAACAUAUUGUUUUUUUUUAAGUUGUGAUCUAUUAUUACUAUAUUUGAUAAUACCGGUACUAUUAUCUCAUUUUGUGUCUUUUUUUUUUUUGAGGGGGGGGAAUAGUUUAUUAUUUUUAUUUAAGCAUUCCAAGCUAGUUUGCUAUGAACUAAAUGCACUUGAUAAUAUACUAUUUUGAUAAUUUGACAUAAUUUUCCAUAAUUAACUUUCUUGUGACUCUUUAAUUUCAAAUAGUUAUUCAUUCAUUUAGAUGGAUAAAUGAAGCAUGAUUUUUCAUGGUCAACACUCCUAUGACCCCUUUUGUUCCAAAAAGUUUAAACCCGUGGUUUCUCUGCAAAGUUUUCAACAUUAGAAACUGUAAAGUUGAUGGUAAGAUCCAUAAGGUUACAAUGUAUAAGCAAUGGAAAAUAAUAUUGUUGUGGUUGAUGCACUUUCUGCAUUAACACCUAAAUUUUGAAAUUAUGCCAAAUUCCAGCAACGUUUGCUUAGAAAGAUAAAACUGAGGUACCUCCCCUCUCUAUAUUUUCAAGGACAUUAGCCUUUCACCAGUAAGCUCACAAACGAGGUGUGUUUUAAGCAUAAUUUUCAACUCCUUUGUUGUUGCUUUCUCUCACAUUUAUCUGUCUUUCUUUUACAGCUGCAGCAUACCAAGCCACCUCUACAGUUCCACCACAAGUUCCCCACAUGCCACCUCCUGGAAUGUUACCACCCCCACCCCCUGGAAUGAUGCCACCACCUGGUGCGCUACCUCCUCCAGGAGCAUUACCAUUUCCCAUGCCCCCACUUGGAGCAAUGCCACCACCAGGGGGUAUAAGACCACCUCCUGGAGCACCUCUUGGACCCCCACCCAGAAUGGCUGGACCACCGCCCGGAGAGAAUCAACAGCGACCACUUUUUGGAAAAUCUUAA